AUGCAAGGUAUGAGCGGCAACAAUAAUACGGGGUCAUCUAAAAAUAUGUCUACAUAAGAGAGCUGCCCUAGACGUUUGGUGGGUUUCUCUUGUGUUGUCGAUUGCAUCUCGUUGUUUCGUCGUCGCAUACAUUCGUUCGUUUCCAAGUACAAGUCAUUCGUUACAGAAUCAAUCGUAGUCAUAAUGAAGUUCGCUGCUGUCGCUAUCCUUUCCCUCGCUGCGGGUGUCAUCGCUCAGAUCGACCCCGAGCACUGCGGUCCUAAGUACGGCAACCUGGUCUGCAAGGACAACAACUGCUGCUCUCAAUAUGGAUGGUGCGGCAGCACAAAGGAUCACUGCGACGCCUCGACAUGUUUGAAGUCCUUCUCCGCCCCCGGCUCCUCCUGCGCCCCUAAAGCCUCCACCACAUUGAAGACCACUACCAAGGCCUCCGCACCCACUUCCGCCGCCCAGACCUUCCCCGCCUCCGUCCCGGUCAUCGACGUCUGCGGCCACGCCCAAGGUGGCGUAACGUGCCCUGGCGCUGGAGCCAACGGCUACUUCUACCGCUGCUGCUCGACCGCCGGCCACUGCGGCCCCAAGAACGACAUCCAGGACCAGGCGCUGUACUGCGGCGACGGCUGCCAGGCCGGCUACGGAAAGUGCGAUAGCCAGAAGGCGCCCUCUGAGCCCACUGUUGCGAGAGGUGCGGAUGCGGGUGAGGGCGAGACUUGCGGACCGAUUGUCAACAAGAAGUGCAAGGCUGGACUCUGCUGCUCCGGAUCCAACUUCUGCGGUACCGGAGAUGAUUUCUGUGGUGCGGCGAACUGGUGUCAGAAGAACUGGAGUGGAUCUACAAACCUGUGCAAGGCAUAGAUGUUGGAAACAGUGCUGAGGGAAAUUUGGAUAUGGGAGAUAAACUAGAGGCAGUGUUGCGGUGAUAACGGAUCGUUUCCCGCCAGUAGAGAAAAGUUUAGAGGAGAAACGGAAACACCCAAAGCCAUUGCAGGCAUCUUUUUUGUCUCUAUCGAUCCGCUGGUGCACUGCUGUCUUCCCGGGCGCCGUUUCCACUGAUAUGGAAGAGAGUUUU